GCUUUUUGAUCAAGAAAACUGUCUCUAUAUUUCAGAUUUAUGAACUAUAGAUGUUGUGAACCAAUCAUUGACAUGUCAUACUCAAUCGAACGAUAUUUAGACAUUUGUCAGGAAUAUGUGGGAGAGGAAAACAUGUUGUAUUUUGUGUUCGGAGUUUCGUUCAUUAUUUCUCUCCUAUUUUACCUUGUAUGGAAACUAGUUGCUGGCGGAAAAGUCAAGCGACGUGGAAUUUUAUUCGUCGGAUUAAGUGGUGCCGGGAAAACUUAUCUUUUGAGUAAAAUACUAACUGGACAGGUGAUUGAAACUGUAACAUCGUUGAAGGAAAAUCAAGCAACGUACGCAUCAGAAAAAGGAGUUCUUAAUAUCAUUGAUAUCCCUGGCCAAGAAGCAAUCCGGCAAAAGUUUUUUGACCAAUUCAAAGAUACUGCAAAAGGAAUUAUUUUUCUCAUUGACAGCGAGUCGUUUUCUAAGGAUUUGAAAGAUGUUGCGGAGUAUUUAUUUACUAUUUUGACCGACCAGAACGUCUUGAAAUUCGUGCCGCCUCUUUUGAUUGCAUGCAACAAGCAAGACCUAUUGACUUCAAAAUCAAAAAAAGUAAUCCAAGAUCACUUAGAAAAAGAGUUGAACACAGUUCGGAAAACUAGAUCUGCGGCCUUGAGUUCGAUUGAUGGAGAAGAAGCAACUGUGCAUCUCGGUGUAAAGGGGAAGCCAUUUGAAUUUUCUCAUUUAGGAAAAUUGAAGGUUGAUUUCAUUGAAUGCAACGCUAAAGGUGACUCUGAAAAUGAAUCUCGACUUGAUGAACUAUUACUUUGGUUAAAUAGACAGGCAUGAGUGUUUAUAGAGCAGCGUUUCUCAAACUUUUUUUUGUUUCGGAACACCAAGAAAUUGUGAGAAGUGUGAUAGACUGGUACAAGGUCUGUCAGCCUGUAUGUUGCCAUUUGUGAGACAAAUUUAUGACCCAAAAUCGACCAAUUCCGAUUCGAAGCGGUUCCACAGAACACAGUUUGAGAAACGAUGGUAUAGAAAUAGAAAAUUUGAAUUGAGAAAGACUUGAUUAAUUCAUUGAUUGUUGGAAUCAAUUUUUUUGUUUUUUGGUGGUUGUUUAAUAAAAGAAUGAGUGUGAACCUAUAUUAAUUCCAGUUGCAAUUAUUGCUUUAUUCAUUUCUGAGAAAUCUUUUAUUUGUGGAAAUAUAAGAGAAGGAACUAUUA